AUGGUUGGAGGGGAUUCCAGCAUCAAGACCUCAGUUUCAACACAGUUGUUGUUAGUCCCCAUUUCACUGCUUUUGGUGCUGCCUGUAGUUGAAGCGGUAGACACCGGAAAUGCAAUGGCUGUCUUGUUAGACGUGGCUCUCAGCAUCACAGGCAGUUCUGCUUGUUUAGAGGUAUACCCACAAAAGAGAAAUGGACACGUGUAACUUUGAAGGGCCUCCUGAAUCGAACCUCACCCAUAAAACCUUUGCGGUAUUGAAAUUAAAACUGAGCUUUGAUGUCUGAAAGUUCCAAGAAAAUAGUAAAUAGGGUAGUUUCACCUUUACAUGUUUCCCUAUAAAUGGAAACAGAUCGAUGUAUGUUAAAUGAGGAAAAAUGUUUUCUUUCCAUCAAAAAUACACUAAAAAGUGCAGAUUAUAGUUUUUAUUUGCUGAUUAGAAAGGAGAUGGGCAGGUGAAGGAAUUAGAUAACUAAAACUGGAAGAAGGAAACUCUUGUCCAGAAUCCUAGGAAACCACCAUUGUCUGGUUAUAAUCACGGCCUCCUGAAUCACUGAGAAGUCUUUUCUUCCUAUUGUUAUUGGAUUUGUGCUUUAUUAUAUCCUAAGUUAAUAUUGUACUUAUAUUAUCAAUUAUAGUCCAUCAAAAAUUGAAAUAUUUAUUUCUUUGGGGGAAAAAAGUUUAGAAAAAUUUAUUCAGUGUAUUUAAUAUUGAAAUGGAUGAGUGACUCAAUGUGUAAAAAAACUACGUAUUGACUAUUGAAAUGGAGAAAAGAUUUAUUGUUUAAAACAAACAAGAAAAAACCUUUAUAUUGAUUAACUGAUCAACACCUUCAUGGUAAGAAGUGCUGUAUUAAAUAUAAACUCAUCCUGUCAGAAGUUAAAAAAAUAGAUGUAAAAUGUACAAGGAGACCCCAGCAGCACACAGAUCACAGUAUGUUGUUUCCUACAAUGAGCC